AUUCUAGAUUCUAAAUCUAGAUCUAGAUGUAGAUUUGUUGAGUAACAUUAACAUUAACCCAAACAAUAAUUAGGAGAGAUACCGGAAAGAAGGUAGAGACCGGACUCACGACUUCGUGAGUGUAGUGAUGUUGAUCUAAUAUCUAGAAUCUAGACUGAUCUAGUUUUGUAAGUGGCAAUGUGAACAAACACAAAUCUCAAGAGGUCUUUUCUGUAAGCUCACAUUGAACGAUUGGUGGAUUCUCCCCUCUUCCUUCGGAUGAAAUCAUUGUGUUAGGUUUUGGCUAAGAUUCUUGGUAUAUAUGGAACAAAUUGUACAGAGAAAGUGAUGACCGUGCCAGCUAGGCCAGGCUCAAUUGAAGAAAAAAAUGUGUUGAAUGUGGAGAUGAGAAAAAGGAGAGAGGAUGUUUUCGUCAGGACGUAUCAACGACAAUAUAAUGGAAAAAGAACAAACAUGCACUGAACCUUUCUGUGCUCCCGACAGAGAUGAAGAAGUAAAGCCUGGCCCUGAUGUUUUGUCUGUUGUGAAAACUGCUGGCCCCAGUUCUUCGAGGUCUUUUUCAACUUUUUGUUGCAGUGGUGAUACUGAUAGUACUGUUUGUAGUGGUAGAGAUGUAAAACCUUACAUUGGAAGUCUGGAGACUAUGGUAACAAAAGAGUUUGGUUCUAAUAUUAUGCUGGAUCUUGAAGAGGAAAGACCUGUUGUUGCUGUCAAAAAUGAAAGUUUUGAAGGAAAAAUAAUGCAUUCUAAUAAUAAUUUUGAAAUACCUGCCAAAGUAACUGGUGACAUGAUGGGUCAGACUGUCAAAAACGAAUGUAUUGAGAUUGAAGAUGAGCCUCUGUUUUUGUUUCCUGAAGAAGAAAACUUGAUAAAAACUAAAGUGAAUCCGAAAAGUGCUAAUGUUGUGAAAGACAAACUACAGUACAGACUUAUCCCUGGUCGAAGUCUGGAUGUGAAACCAAGAGUAGAGAAUUGUGAUGAUGUGGAGCAGGAAGUGUUUGAAUGGGAGGGUGGAUCUAUGUCCGAUCAUUCCAGUCAGGCUGAAGGAAUACAACUGCAAAUCUCUAAUGUGAGGAGUUUGUGUACAGAGCAGAGUUCAAACCCAGACACUGAUGCUAAUGUUUCGUCCUGUAGUUCAGCUUCAACUUUUUGGUUUUCUGCUGAUUCAACUCUGAAAUACAGUGUCACAAAUUCCGGCUCUACUGACUUGGGCAGCUGGGAUCAACAAGGCCGCAUUUUUUUCGACCAGAGUCUGCCAACCUCCGCAAACCAAGCAACACAGCUGUGCCUUAGGAACGGAAGGAACAGAGUCAGUUCUAGUUAUGUCAUUAACACAGGUGAAAUUAUAAGUAAUGGAAGAAAAGCUGACUGUGUCUUGGAAGAAACGACUGCUUCUGCUAUCCGUGACCCAGAGGAAGCGUGUGAUCUCAAUCAUGGCAAAGUGUAUGAUUAUGAUCAGGAAAUGUGCAGCAAUAGUGUGAAUAGUAUGGACCUUUCUUGCACCUGGUCUUCUGGUGUUACAGCACCUCACCUGCACUCGGAGACUUCCACUGGACUAGAUUGUGCCGCUACUCCUGUUGGACUUGAGUGUGUGAGUGACGGAAGAUUGGGUGAAGGAGAAAAGCCUUACAAAUGUGAACUUUGUGGUUCAAGGUUUGCAAAGAAUAGCCAGCUAAAGAUUCACAAGAGAACACACACAGGAGAAAAACCUUACAAGUGUGAAGUUUGUGGUGCAGCGUUUGCACGAGGUUACGACCUGAAAUGUCACAAAAGAAUACACACAGGAGAAAAACCUUAUGUGUGUGACAUCUGUGGAAUCAGGUUCUCACGGAAGGGCAGUCUUCAAAGUCACAAAAGAUCACACACCGGAAAAGGGCUAUACACGUGUGAAGUUUGUGGUUCGGGGUUUGCACAUAUUGAUGACCUGAAGCAACACAAAAUAACACACAUAGGUGAAAAGCCUUCGGAUUACAAGUGUGAAAUCUGUGAAGUUGACUUUUUACAGAAGAGCACUCUAGAAACUCACAAAAGAACAUGUACACACACUGGAGAAAAGCUUUUCAAAUGUGGAAUUUGUGGUUCAGGGUUUGCAUACAUGAGCCAGCUAAUGAUUCAUAAAGGAGCACAUGCUAGAGAAAAGCCUUACAAAUGUGAAGUAUGUGGUUCAGAGUUUGUGUACAAUAGCCAACUAAUUGUUCACAGAAGAAAACACACUGGAGAAAAACCUUAUGAGUGUGACGUUUGUGGCUCAAGGUUUGCAGAAAGUUGCAAUCUAAAGAGUCACAAAAGAAUACACACUGGAGAAAAGCCUUAUAGAUGUGAAGUUUGUGGUUUAGGGUUUGCGUACAGUAAUGUCCUGAAGCGACACAAAAGAAAACACACAGGAGAAAAGCCGUAUCAGUGUGAAAUCUGUGGAAUUGGGUUUUCACUAUGGGGCAGUCUGCAAGGUCACAAAAGAACACACACUGGAGAAAAACCUUACAAGUGUGAAGUUUGUGGUUUAGGGUUUACGCAUACUAACAGCCUGAAGCGACACAAAAGAAUCAGUAGUGGUUGUGUUGUUGACGCAAGUCAAAUUAUAAGUAGUCGGAGAAAAGCUGAUUGUGUCUUGGAAGAAACAACUUCUUCUGUUAACCAUGACCCAGAGGGAGCAUGUGAUCUCAAUCAUGGCAAAGCAUAUGAUCAGGAAAUGUGCAGCAAUAGUGUGAAUGACAAUUAUGUUGGCCAGAAGUCAAAAGAUUGCACUUCUGCACGGAUGAUGAUAAUGGCAAAUACAAGUGUGGACCUUUCUUGCACACAGUCUUCUGGUGUUACAGCACCUCAUCUGCACACAGAGACUUCCACUGGACAAGAUAGUGCCGCUACUCCUGUUGGACUUGAGUGUGGGAGUGACGGAAGAUUGGGUGAAGGAGAAAAGCCUUACAAAUGUGAACUUUGUGGUUCAAGGUUUGCAAAGAAUAGCCAGCUAAAGAUUCACAAGAGAACACACACAACAGAAAAACCUUACAAGUGUGAAGUUUGUUGUUCAUUGUUUACGCGUAGUUACGACCUGAAGUGUCACAAAAGAAUACACACAGGAGAAAAAGCUUACAAGUGUGAAAUCUGUGGGGUCAGGUUCUCAUGGAGGAGCAGUCUUCAAACUCACAAAAGAACACACACUGGAGAAAAGCCUUACAAGUGUGAAGUUUGUGGUUUAGGGUUUGCAUCGAGUGGCCAAUUAAAGAGUCACAAAAUAACACACACAGGAGAAAACCCUUUCAAGUGUGAAAUCUGUGGAGUUGGGUUCUUAUGGAAGAGCUCUCUACAAGUUCACAAAAGAACACACACUGGAGAAAAACCAUACAAGUGUGAAGUUUGCGGAUCAGGGUUUGCAUGUAGUUAUGACCUGAAGUGUCACAAAAGAACACACACAGGAGAUAAAUCUUUCAAGUGUGAAAUCUGUGGACUUGAGUUCUCACGGAAGAGCAGUCUACAGAUUCACAGACUAAUUCACAUUGGAAAAAAGCCUUACAAGUGUAAAGUUUGUGGUUUGGGGUUUGCACAUAUUGACGACCUGAAGCAACACAAAAGAACACACAUAGAUAAAAAGCCUCCCAAUUACAAGUGUGAAAUCUGUGAAGUUGAUUUCUUACAGAAGAGCACUCUAGAAAUUCACCAAAGAACAUUUAUACACACAGGAGAAAAGCUUUUCAAAUGUGGAAUUUGUGGUUCAGGGUUUGCAUAUAUGAGCCAGCUAAUGGUUCACAAAAAAACACACACUGGAGAAAAGCCUUACAAGUGCGAAUUUUGUGGUUCAGGGUUUGCAUACAACAGUAGGCUAAUUGUGCACAAAAGAAAACACACUGGAGAAAAGCCUUACGAAUGUGAUGUUUGCGGCUCAAAGUUUACAGAGAACGGCAACCUAAAGAAUCACAAAAGAAUACACACUGGAGAAAAACCUUACAAGUGUGAAGUGUGUGGUUCAGGGUUUGCACAGGCCUUCAACCUAAGGAUGCACCAAAGAUCACACACUGGAGAAAAGCCUUACGAAUGUGAUGUUUGUGGCUCGAGAUUUGCAGACAGUUGCAAUCUAAAGAGUCACAAAAGAAUACACACUGGAGAAAAGCCUUAUAGAUGUGAAGUUUGUGGUUUAGGGUUUGCGUACAGUAAUGUCCUGAAACGACACAAAAGAAGACACACAGGAGAAAAGCCUUACCAGUGUGAAAUCUGUGGAGUUGGGUUUUCACUGUGGGGCAGUCUGGAAAGUCACAAAGGUACGCACACUGGAGAAAAACCUUACAAGUGUGAAGUUUGUGGUCUAGGAUUUGCACGUAAAAGGGACCUGAAGCUACACAAGAGAACACACACUGGAGAAAGGCCUUACAAAUGUGAAGUUUGUGGUUUACAGUUUUCAGUUAAUCGCUACCUGAAGAGACACGAAAGAACACACAAACACGAGAAAAACCCUUCUCCUGAAAAGCCUUUGGUGUAAGGAAAGAUAAACAGUUAUAGUCUGUUUGAACAAAGACAGUUGUAAUACAUGUAGCAGAAAAUCUUUCUAGUCUUGUGUGAAGUUGGAGAUACAGUCUGCACACAGUAAUGGCUUAGAAAGUUGCAGAAUAUGUAGAAUUCUAAGAAAACCUUUACAAGUGUGAAGAUUGUGAGUGUGUGUGUGUGUGUGUGUGUGUGUGUGUGUGUGUGUGUGUGUGUGUGUGUGUGUGUGUAGGGGAGGUUAGCAACCUUCAGAGUCACAAAAGAAUACAUUAGAGAAAUCUUUACUUUUCAAAUAUGUAGGAAACUUGUCAAACACUGUUUAAUUAGAUUACUGGUACCCCAUGACAGAGACAUGAAAUUAGAAAAAAAGGAAAGUCGAAUCGAAGAGGUUUUGGUAAUGGCAGUUGACAGUGCGAUCAAACCUCGUUAUUAUACUGCCUACCUCAGCACGAGCAAAAAGUUAACGGUACAGCAGGGCUGACAGUACAGUAUGACGAGAUAUCACUGAUUACCACUAUAAUGUGCUAUUUAUUAUUAUUAAUAUUACUGUCCCCAUAGGAUUAUGCGAUUGUGCGGCCGCGU